UUUCUCUCUCCUAAAUCCAUUUCCAAUCUCCUCCUAAAACUAUAAACAUCAUCUCUCUCCCUCCUUCCCUCUUUCUUCUCUCCAAUUUCCAUUUUACAUUUUGGUCCCUUUUUUCUUUCUUUUUGUGUGUGUGUGUGUACUGUAACCCCCUGCUUUUCUCCCAAAUCUUUGAAUUCCAUGUCCUGCUUCAUUAGAUCUAGCUCUCUGUUUACCAGAUCUAUGAAUCUGCAUGUGGGUUUUGCUAAGAAAUUUCCAGAAAAAAUAAUGUCUGGAAUUCAUGUUUCUGGAUCUUUGAAAUGGAUGACGAUGGGUUUCGCAAUUGGGGUUACUAUGAACCAGCGGCUGCUACCUUUAAAGGUAAUCUCGGUUUGCAGCUAAUGUCAACCAUUGAUCGGAACACUAAACCGUUUUUGCCUGGCCGGGAUCCGAAUCUAAUGAUCGGUCCUAACGGUUCCUAUCACCACCAAGAGCCUCCAAUCCACAUGAGCUACAAUUGGAUUAACCAACAGAAGGAUAAGUUCUUUAAUAUGUUGCCUGUUACGACCGCUCCUAACUACGGUAAUGUUCUUCCCGAAACUUCGUCUGCCCCGUCUAUGCAGAUGAAUCUGCAUCAUCAUCAUCAAUCUGAGGAGAACCCGGUUAAGUUGGAAGAUGAAGUUGUUCAGCCUAAUAAUAAUAAGAAGAGAAAGACUAAUCCAAAAGCAGGUUCAGCAACAAAGGCUAAGAAGCCACGGAAACCAAAAGAUGAGAACAGCAACAACAACAAUACUAAUGUUUCACGAGUGAAACCGGCUAAGAAGAGUGUCGACAUGGUGAUAAACGGAGUGAGUAUGGACAUUUCGGGUCUUCCUGUCCCGAUAUGCACUUGCACUGGAGCUCCUCAGCAAUGCUACCGUUGGGGAUGUGGCGGUUGGCAAUCAGCGUGUUGCACCACAAACAUCUCAAUGCAUCCUUUGCCGAUGAGUACUAAACGCCGUGGAGCGAGGAUCUCGGGAAGGAAGAUGAGCCAAGGCGCGUUUAAGAAGGUUCUUGAGAAACUCGCGUCUGAUGGGUUCAACUUUGGUAAUCCUAUUGAUCUUAAGAGCCAUUGGGCAAGACAUGGAACUAACAAGUUCGUCACAAUCAGAUGAUUAGUAUCUUGAUUAGUAAAAGAAAAAAGACGCGAGUGAUCUCUUUCGGGAUUGAGUCUCUCAAGUCUCAAUGAUGGUGUAUAUAUUCAACAUAUCUGAAAUCUGUGCUGUGACCUUUUAAAAGUUAUGUCUGCAAUCUCUGAGUUCGAAACUGUUUUCAGGUAAACCAUCUUCGUUGUAGGGUUUGGAAGCAGAGUUCUCUGUUUCUUUUACCACUUUUUAUAUCAUACAUUGCUUUGUUUUUGUUUCUUUGUCUGUCUGUGUGUCUGAGUAAGGUGUCUGAGAAAAUCUUCAGGGAAAUUUAUUUUUUUGUACUUCUUUUUUUCUCUUCCUUUUGUUAUCUUUUUAUAAACAUUUUACUGACUUGUAA